AUGGCAAAAUCACUCGUUAUUGCAGCUCUGCUUGCAAUGGCAGCUUCCUCCAUGGCAGCCCCACGCGUCAAAUCUUCUGAUGGUGGCAAAAUUGUUGGCGGAGUUCCAGCAAAGCUCGGUGAGUUUCCUUCAAUGCUGGCUCUUGGCUGGAAUACCUCGUCGCCUUGUGGAGCUGUAUUGGUCGGUCCGAAGCUUGCUCUCACAGCAGCACAUUGUAUAACGACAUUUGAUGACCCUCCAGGAUCGCAACCUGAUCCUUCCCUUCAAUUCGCAUGGGUCCGAGCAGGUUCUCUUACAAAGGACGAAGGUGGAAUCCAGGUCAGGAUUGCGUCGAAGGUGGAACAUCCUGAUUACAUAUGGUAUAGCAAUGACAACGACAUUACUCUUCUGCACCUGGAUAAGCCUAUUCAUGAAAGCCCAACUGUUCGCUAUGCAAAACUUCCAAAGAAAGACUCAGAGCCCGCUCCUCACUCACUGGCAAAGACCGCAGGCUGGGGUGCGGACAAGACCAAUGCAACUGUUCGGCCUUUGCUUCAUGUGACUAUCCCCAUUGUCAGGCGCCGCGACUGUCAGAAUUCAUAUAUCCGUGCUCCUAGGCCCAGAACAAUCACUAGAGAUAUGGUAUGCGCAGGGGCACCAGAAAGAGAUGCAUGUAAUGGGGAUAGUGGAGGGCCCCUCUAUGAUCUGAAAACAAACGAACUGAUUGGGAUUGUUUCCUGGGGAGAGGGGUGUGGCAGCCCUACAUAUCCAGGGGUAUUCACCCGAGUUAGCAAAUACGUUGAUUGGAUCCGGCAAAACAGCUAG